AUGGAAACCGUUGUUGAUAUAAGCGGUUCUGCCACCAAGGACACUGUUAAAUAUGUGUCCCAAUCCUUCAAGGAGGAUGCUCUGACUUGGUGGAAGGCACUGAUCCAAUCCACUAGCAAGGUUGCAAUGUACAAACUUAGUUGGUCAAAGUUCGUGGAACUAAUCCGCGAGACUUAUUGCCCACCUCACGAGGUGGAGAAAGUUGAAACUGACUUUUUAAAGCUGAUCAUGAAAGGCCUCGAGUGUCGAGCCUAUGUACCGGAAUACAACUCUUUAUCAAGACUCGUGCCGUAUUUAAUUACCCCUGAGUCCAAGUUCAUUGUGCGGUUUAUCAGAGGACUCACUCCAGAAAUUAAGGGGAUGGUUAAAUCCUCCAAACCUGCAACUUUUAUAUCCGCUGUGGAUCUGGCUCUUUCUCUUACUAAAGAUGAGAUAAGAGCAAGGGCGAUUAAGGCCGAAGAGAAUCAUAAGCGAAUGUAUGAUGCUACCCCAAGUAAGGAUUACAAAGAGGGUAAGACUGGUUCGAAUUAUAACCAAUCCAAGCCGAAUGAGGCAAAACCCGAAUGUAAAACCUGUAGGAAGCAACACUUCGGAAAAUGUUUCCGUGAGCAGACCAAGGGAUGUGGCAUCUGUAAGAAAAUGGAUGACAAGUCUCAUGAAUGCAAAGACUUGAAAGACGCCACUUGUUAUGGAUAUGGCGAGAAAGGGCAUAUAAAGACCCACUGCCCAAAGAGGGCAACUGACAAGAAGAACAAGGCCACUGAUGGCUAG